CCCAAAAUAGAAAACUAUUAAUUUAGAUGUUCUAUGUACGGGGCUAAACAGGGGAUCCUGCCCACAGGGCGGAUCCGGGGGGGGGCUAGAGGAGCACGACAAUGGAACGAAUAGUUAGGGGCAGUUAGUUUUGCAGCACACUGUCUCCAUCCCCCUAGAGAUGCUCGCCUGUCCUACGUGGCACUAUUAUAGCCGUCUGAUCAGGUGGCUUCAGGAUCCUCAGUUUGAGUACACGUGCCGCGUAGCUUUGCCGUUCUCCUCUCGCUCUCUCUCUUUCCUCUUUGCACUUUGCUUCCAUGCAUGGCUUUCUCUUCCCAUCCAUGGCCCCCAGAAGAACCCCAAAUAAAACAACACAGAAAGAGAGCGAGAGCGAGAGCGAGCGAGAGAAAACAACCACUCUUUCUUUCUCUCUUUAAUCUUCUUACUCCACAGUUAGAUAUAAAGAGAGAGCAGAGCUUAGUUGGAGUCCAAAGUCUCAAGAUCUGAGGCUAUCUUUGGGCUUCUUCUAAGCCUUUCUUUGACCUCUUCUUUUGUCUUGUCUUUCUUUUCGGUGGUCGGUUUUGGUCCCCUGGUUUUAGAUGGAAGGAGAGAGAUUGCAGAAGCAUCGGUGCAAGGUGUGCCGGAAGAGCUUCCCGUCGGGCCGAUCGCUGGGGGGCCACAUGAGGUCACACUUCCGCAUGGCGGUGGCCGGGAGCUCCGAGAACAACGGCCAGGAGAGGGCGGCGCCAAGCAUUAGAGGAGCCGGCUAUGGACUGAGGGAGAAACCCAAGAAGACGUGGCGGAUAUCGGAUUGUACUAGCGAUGAUGGUGAGAAGCAGUGCCGGGAGUGCGGCAAGGAGUUCCCGUCCUGGAGAGCUCUGUUUGGGCACAUGAGGUGCCACUCUGAGAGGGUGUGCCCGGCUUCAGAGGAGAGAGAAGAGCAGGAGGGUUCUUGGAGCAAUGGCGGGCAGUCGGAGGGUGAGGCUGCGGCGGUGGCGGUGCCGAGGAGGAGGCGAGGAUCGAGAAGGAUGGUGGCGGCGAUUGCUGCGAGUUCUUCCUCGGUGUCGGAGUACGAGAGGGAGGAGGAGGAUGGAGCUAUAAGCCUUAUGAUGCUGUCGAGGGAUGCCUGGUACUGUGGAGGCGGCGGCGGCGCUGGUGGAAUUCAUUCGUUCACCGAGUCUUCUGAUAAGAAUUCUGUGGUCUUUGAGGGGAGGGGAAUUGGCGAAGGGGAUGGGGAUUUUGUUCCAAGAAGCGGGGGGUGUUGGAGGAGUGGGUUCAAGAGGGUGGAAUCUGAAGCUUCCGAUGAUUGGUUUGUCGGGGAUAAUGAAUUUAAGAAGCCCAAGGUCUGUAAUUCCGACGCUGAUGAGCCUGAGGACUUCGAUGAAGAAUCAAAGAAGGAUAGCUCGAAGAAGAACGAUCUGAAUUCUGCCGUUUCUGAAUCGGGGCUGAAUCCCAGAUUUGAUGGAAGCGAAUUCGCGAUUGAGAAGCAAAGAUUCGAUCUUUCCGAUGCUCAAUUUGGCAUGGAUUCUAUUGAAAGGUACAGGCUCGAUGCUUCCCAUGGCGUUUUUGAUAAGGCUUCCGAGAGGAGGAGCCGAUUCCAGUGCACGACCUGCAACAAGACCUUCCACUCCUACCAAGCCCUCGGUGGCCACCGGGCGAGCCACAAGAGGACGAAGGGAUGCUCCGGCAGUGAGAACAGCUUGGAGGCCGAUGCUUCUGUUGAUCAGGCAGCGGCCGAGGAGAUGGACGGCCAAGGUGUGGGCAUUGAAGCCGCCAAUGGAUCGCCGAAGAAGGCCAAGGGCCAUGAGUGCCUGCUCUGCGGCAAGGUCUUCGCUUCAGGCCAGGCAUUGGGGGGUCACAAGAGAGCUCAUUUGGUCAUGAACGCCAAUGACAGAGGCGAUGCAGCUCGCCGUCAGACCAUUGUAACUCAGCAGCAGCCUCUGGAGAUGCCCGACUUGCUCGACCUCAACCUCCCGGCUCCCGUCGAUGAAGAUUUUAACAGUGCCAAUGGGAGUGCUGAGAUGCAGUCAUGGUGGGCUGGAAGCAGCCUCAAGCACGAGCCUCUGGUUGGUGUGAUCUCCAAUUGAUGGGGAUGGGGAGGUUGGAGGAGUGUGCAGGUUCUUCAGAGAGCUGAUGAAUUCCUGCUGCAUCCAUUCUUUCAGAUCAAUGUUCAGGUAACAGCUCCAUUUGCUGCUUACUGCUCAGUUUCAAAGUAGACUACUCAAAGCCUUUUAAGCUCCUUUUCUUCCUCUCUUCAUUGGAUCUUAUAAUAAAACUUCGUUACAAUGAUCACAAUACAAGAGCUGAUUGAAGUGCCAAUGGAGGCCAGUGGUUGGCAGCACUUGACAUUGCUGAUUUGAUUAGUUUGAUACUCCAUCAGUAAAACUUCUACUGAUGCAAACUGGAUGGCUCUUUUUGUUGUUGUUUUUGGUUUUUUUUUUUUUUUGAAAGGAAAAUCAUGAUUGGGUCUUGUUUAGAAGUUCAUCAGCAAAAUUGAACAUUUUUUCUCAGCUCACUCUGCAUUAUAUCGGUCACUAGCUAAGAACGGCACCCUGGAAUUUGUGGUGCGGUGUAUAGUUGAUAUGAUUGCAAUGUGGACAAAAAAUGUCAAGAAUUUUCAUGCAGGCGUUCUCAGUAGCUUCUUCUAUGAACAGCCUGUUCUUGGUGAAUAUAAUAUAUAUUUUUUUGUGUG